AUGGUUGAGAUUGGAUCCACAGUGAUUGUAGUAUACAUGAGGUACUUAUUUGACUAUUUAAAAAUGGCAAAUAUGGUAAACCUUGUUGGCCUCGUGGACCCUAGACAAGUCAGCUCUCAAUCUGGAAUGUUAUCUCUGUUCACCCGUUUUGUGUUUACUCCUAUGAUGGAAGGGCAAAGUUCCCCACUGCCUUGA